AUCAGACCGGAAGCAGUCUAGAUAAGAAGCAUCCAGAGGAUGUUAUAACCCCUCUUUGACCCCCGGGGUGGUGCCUGAGUUAGCCACUCCGCAAGUCAGUAGAUUACCACUACGUGAGAUUCGACUUGACCAACUACUACCUGAACCUCCCACGAUGUCGACGUCAACCAUCACCGAGUCCGCUCCUCAGACCAUCCGUGUCGCUGUACAACCGCCCCUGGCUCAGACCACGGCCGAGGAGGAUGCAAUCUUCCAAGCGACCGCCCGUGGGAACCGCAGCGGGACGCUGAAGUUGCGGGGGGUCCCGUCCUUUACGGACCCGUAUAAACAACGCCAGUGGAUGAGAGAGCACAUGGCGGCUGCGUUCCGCUUCUUUGGAAAGCAAGGCUACGGGGAGGGGAUCUCAGGCCAUAUCUCUAUGAGAGAUCCCGUGCUGACGGAUCAUUUCUGGAUGAACCCGUACGCCAAACACUUCUCCUCCAUGAAGGCCUCCGACCUGGUGCUUGUGGACAGCGAGGGGUAUGUUGUUGAGGGAGGCAACCAGGCGGCAAUCAACGAGGCGGGCUUCAUGAUCCACUCGGAGAUUCACAAGGCGCGACCGGAUGUUGUCGCCGCAGCACACACGCACAGUAUCUACGGGAAGACCUGGAGUGCAUUUGGCCGGCCUAUCGACAUGCUCUCCCAAGAUUCCUGCAACUUCUACGGCAAGCUGAGCGUCUAUGAUGAUCAUGGCGGUAUUGCGUUGGCGCAGGACGAAGGUAUACAGGUAGCCAAAGCGCUAGGCAAGGACAACAUCGCCUGUAUUCUCCAGAACCACGGACUGUUGACCGUCGGUCGCACCGUCGACGAGGCCGCCUGGCUCUUCACCAGCCUCGAGCAUGCGUGCCAUGCGCAGCUCCUAGCCGAGGCGGCCGCCGCGAACGGCUUGCCCAAGAAGAUCAUCCCGCAUGACGUGGCACAGUUCACGGCAGACGCUGUCCAGAACACGCACAACUUUUUUACCGAGUUCCAGCCCGAGUACGAGCUUGUCGUCGAGGAGAGCAACGGGAGGGUCCUAGAGUGAUGACCAAUGCCGAAUUUCAGAUUAGCGAAUUGAAUAAUGAUAAACUUGAG